AUGGCAGACGAGCAGAACAACAACAACAACAACAACAACAACAACAACAACAACAGCCAUGACAAGCUCAACUUCGAUGAGUCCCAAUCUGCGAUGACAACAACCUCCAUGGCCAACGGUACCACGGCCAAUGAAACUACCACCAACACUACGAACGGCUCCAACACUUCAUCUAACCCAGCCUCAACCUUGCACGCAGCCGCAAGAAAACUCCCCGCAACAGAGAUUCCCUCAUCCAUCUUCCAGUCCCUCACCAAGCCCACUCCAACAACCACGCACCAACAACCCAGCCUACCACGCACACUCUCAGCCACAAGCUCGGAUAUUCGCCGCCGCAUAUCCCAAUUUGGCAACGACCUCAGGGUCUUGGGACAGGUUUUCGGCGAAGAUGUUAACCGGUACGGUUCUCUUCAGACUGCAGAGAGGUUUAGGCAGGUGUACGCAAUGUUUGUUGAGGUUGCGCAGGGGGUGUUGAGCGAGUUGGAUGAGUUUGAUAGGGUGAAUGGAAUAGUUGGGGGUGAAGAGGUGGGAGAGAUUGGAGAUGUGAGGGAAAGAGGGGAUCAAAAUGGCGAUGAGGAGGAGAAGAAUAAUGGUAUGGGUGAGAGGGAGCCCAACGGAGAGGCGAGGAAUGGGACUUGA